GUGCGUUACAGUCGCUCCUCAGUCUUUCUUCCACCGAGUUCUGACCCCAGGUCUGUUCUGCGCAUCCGACUGUGUGGGUUUUGUGGACAACAGUGCCAGAGUCUCAACUCGACCUGACCUUGUUUCACAGUCUGGAUUCAUUCAGAAGAGAGCAGAGGAAUGCAGAGUUGGUCUUCUGAGCAAAAAUAAAAAAGCCACAGCUGGACCUCAACCUUUCCAGUCGAGUUCUCCGGAAAAAAGCAGGUGUUCACUCUCUCUCCGCUGAAGAUGGCCGACGCCUUCGGGUUCUCCGACUUCUCGAACGGCGCCGAGGCCGAGGAGGACCCGGCCGCAGCCUUCCUGGCGCAGCAGCAGAGCGAGAUCGCCGUCAUCGAGAACGAGGCGGAUGGGCUCGGAGUGGCCGAAGGAACAGAAACUGUGGAUUUUACAAGCUGCCCGUCAUCUUUUAUUGAAGCAGAUGCAUUUGGAGGAGCGCCCACCACAGCAGUAAACGGAGACAUGUUUCAGGACUCCAAUGGUGAAGCAGACAGCUAUGCAGCCAUCGCCCAGGUGGACCAGCAGAGGCAGGAGCCUGAAAGCUUGCGCAAAUGGCGUGAAGAACAGAAGACCCGGCUUGAGCAGCUAGAUUCGGCCUCUAAAGCUGCAGAAGCCGAAUGGAAGGAGAAAGCAAAGAAGGAGCUGGAGGACUGGCACUUGCACCAGCAAGAGCAAAUGGAAAAGAAUAAAGCCAACAACAGACUCUGUCCAAGUCUGGCACGGAUCGCUGAUAAGGCUUUCUACAAACAGCCCAACUCUGAUGUGAUAGGCUUUGUAGCGUCCGAAGAUGCCUUUCUGAAGGAGUGCGAUGACGACAGUCCCGGCUCCGAGUGGGAGAAAGUGGCCCGGCUGUGCGACUUCAACCCCAAGACGAGCCGCCAGACUAAAGACGUGUCCCGAAUGCGGUCCGUCCUCAUUUCUCUCAAACAAACGCCUCUGGUCCGCUAAGACCUCGUCCCUCUGCUGCAUCUCGCCUUUUUCCUCCCUUUCCCUUUCGCACUUUACUUUAGUACGAUUAAACACACUAAUUAUUUGGAUUUUAUUUUUAACAGCGUCACUCAAGAUGUAUGAUAUAUUUAAACAUUGGGCCUGUUACACCCCAUCGUUUCUACUGUAUCAACAAAAAAAAAGCCUUUCCCCACGUUUUUCCAGGUUUGCCUGUUUUUAUAAUUGAAGGAAUGAUUGUGCCUCCAGUGUAGGGAAGUAGAGGAUUGUUAAAAGGAAAAACUGUAGCUGAAACUGCAGUGCAGUAGUUUGUCCUUCCGGCGUGGUGUGAAGUUUGAUGAUUGUCAUCUUUAGUGGUAUGACCCUCAGGCCACCACAGAGCAUUAUGUCUUUGCUUUGGUUAUAGCAGUUCUCUCCAGCUAGGAGAACUUUACAGAGCAGGGCGUUCUUGGUUAACCAGAUGACCUAUGCCUGGAGUCAAGCCUGUCCAGAAGGCAAAGAGGUGAAGGAUAUUUGGACAGUCCUGACUUUGGGCUCAGAAUUCUUGUUUUGUGAACUCUCUCCCUCCAAGCCACACUUAUCUACCUGAUUCCUUUAGACUUUAAACCGACGCAGGUCGACCAGACGCUUGAGACGCUUUCGCCUCAUUUUGUUACAAAGGCACAGAUUUAGAAGUCGAGACCUUUCAUAAAGCCAGUCUUGGUUCCAAAAAUAGAAAUCCUGUCCCUCUGUUGUUUCAUGACCAGCAUUCUGGGGGUUUUCUCACAAAGCACGUUUAACUUAGCCAGGGUUCCUGACUAAAUGCCAGUUCCAAAAAAAAACGUUUGUUUAAUUUUACAGCUUUGUUUUUUAAUACAGGUUUUGAUACUCCAGCUAUGAUUAGUCCUCACGUGUUCACAUAAAAACGUCACGUUUAAUUGAUAUGAAACUUAUUUUUGAAGAUGGAAAGAAACAUACUAAAUUAGUAUGUACAAAGAAUUUUUAAAUGCUAAAAAGCAGUUAAUAGUAGCUUUAUGUUCUACAUUUAGCUAAAAUGCAUUACUUUUCAUGUGAUCGACAACACGGGCAUCACGAAGAAAACAAAAAUGAGUCGUAAAGCUCUUCAUGAUCUGAAAUCCCUGACUAGGUAUACAGUCGCCAUGGUGAUGUAUCCUGGUAAGAAGCGAUUCAUCCACUUUCAUGGAAAUCCAAGGUUAGAUUGAACUAACCUAAAGUUAGCUGGCUAAUCACGAACUCCUGCUUUGUGAGACAGUCCCCUUGCCAGGUAGUGUGUGUUUUCAUUAGCGGUGCAUCGAUAUCAAUUGUUAAGACCAAGUACGAGUACAUGCUUUUAAGCACUUGCCGAGACCGAUUCCAAUACUGUACUGAGGACCCUACGUAAGUAGUUGUUGGUUUAAAUGAGUACAAUGUACUUCAGUGGUAAAAUAAUGAAAAUCUAGCUGGUUUUAAAUGAAGUGCUUUGGCUGGAUGUGCUAUUGAAGUAGCGUUGAAGUGGAAAAGAGCGGCUUUCGUUGUGUGUCAGAAAAGUGCUUCUGUACGGCUGUAAGUAAAGUACAUUUCUUAGUUUUGAUCCUCAUCUGUCUCAACAAAAGUCUUUGUAGCACAGCAACAGCAGUUGUUGGAGUCUUUUGUUUGGCUGGUUGAGAUGUAGGUUCAUGUCCUCUGAAGCCACAUGUGCACUGUGUGUACUAGACUUACGUCACAUGGUAUCGGUUUGUAUCGGCUGUUGAUAUGGGUGCAUUUAUAUGAAUACAAGACUAAAUGAUCGUGGUAUCGGGCCAAUCCCCGGUACCAGUAUUGGUAUCGAUGCAUCUCUAGUUUUCGUUCAGUUAAUCUUGCUUCAUUGUGUGUAAAGAGGGAUUUCCGUUACAGAAUUACAGCACAACGUUCUUUUUCCCCCAAGCUAUUUUGACAAAAGCAACAUUUAUCUUACAAAUAUUUAACAGUGCAAGUUAACAGAUUGUUUCCAAACCUUUAUUUCUUUAUUUAUUGGUGGUCUUGUUUAUACAAUUAACCUACUGUAUAUUGGUUAUACUCCUAUGAUUGCGCUGUAGCAGGUUUGACUUGGCUUAAUUAGUAAAUCCAUCUCAUCACAUUUGAGAUGUAAUUAGUUUGGCAUGUGUUAAAAGUGUUACUGAUGUUGCCCUUCGUUAUCAUUCUGUAUCUUACAGCUUUGAGGCCUUUUUACGAUGACAGAUUGAAUACUGUUACUUGCCUUUCGAUUUACCAGUUCUGUUGCACAGUACGACAGAUUGUGGUUGACUGGCUGCCAAAGAGUCCAUCAGUAUGUCCAUGCUUGACUAUUCUAUCUUGACAGUUUUCCAGACAUGGGCUAGUUAAAGGGGAGUUCCACCAGUUUUCACUGACAUUUGAGCUGUCCUUCAGGGUGAUUAGAUGUAGUUCUAUGUAAAGAAACCUGCUGGUUGUUAACGGUGGUGGUAGAAACCAGGGGUUGCGUGGUCGACAACACAAAUCCAGCUAUUUCAUGUGCUAUCUAAGAUGAUCACUUGAGCUUUUUUGUGUUAAAUUGAUAAGAGUAUAAGUGGUAAAAUAUUAUUUGGCCUUACAUAGACCCUAUAUGUACCACUCCAUCAUGAUAUAUAUUUAAAAAGAUAAGUUUUACACCAAAACAGUCAUACUAUAAUAAAACAGUAUCUCGUAUACCGCAGCGUGUUCAUAACUGUUUCUUUCUCUGUUUGGUCCCUAUUACUAUGAACAAUUCUGACUCUGAGCUUCUCUAAAACAGAGCUUUUCACAUCAGAUACAUUUGUAGAUAUGAUUAUUUGCCUUUGUACAUCUUAAUAGUUCAAUUUGAGCAACUAUUUUGACAGGUGGUGGAAUUCCCCCUUAAAAUUAGGCCUCAGCUACAAAGCAAUUAUGAUGGAAAAGACACCUUUAAUAUAUGCUUAAUCUGUGUCUGGACAGUCAUGAGUUUUUUCCUCGGUUACUAACGAGUGGCUGUUGAUCACUUUCAGUAGACAGUAGUUCAUAGUUUUUCCAGGAAUUGUAAUGAACGCCAUUCUUAUCUGCAUAUGAAGAUGUGCUGUUGAGCUUAGAAAUAAAGACCAUGCAAUACUGAAAUGUACAACUCAAUAAUAAAAAAAGAACUUUUCAAAU